AAAAAAUCUGCAUACAUUAUCUAUCACUAGUCGGAAUGGGUGGAAGUUUUGGUAAGAGGUGAAUGAAACACGUUUAGGAUGGAUGACGAAUUGUCAAGGAAUAUUGUCCAAGACUAUGUGAGUUACAGAUUGAGAAAAAAUGGCCAUAGAUGGCAAAAUGGACCCAUGAUCGAGGGUGGGCCGAGUAGGAUUUGCUUAACUAUGCGAAGUUUAGCUGAUGAAUUUGAAGAUAGGUAUAGGUCUCAAUUCGAGGACAUGGUAAAUCAAUUAGAAAUAACUCCAGGAAUAGCUUACCAGACUUUCAGAUCGGUUGUGAGUGAAUUAUUUAGUGAUGGCGUGAAUUGGGGACGAAUUGUAGCAUUGUUUACAUUUGGAGGUUCAAUAUGUGUACAAUGUGUUGAAAAUAAUAUGCCUCAUGUGGUGGAUAAUGUCGUGGACUGGGUUACUACAUACUGUGAUAAUGAUUUAAAGCCAUGGAUAGAUUCACACAACUCAUGGCAAGGAUUUGUUGCAUUUUACGACAGAGAACCUGAAAGGAGAAAUGAUAGCCCCUGGACAUCUUUUCGUAAGAUUUGUGGAUUUGCAGCAGGGGCAAUAGGUGUUUUAACUUUAGGGGCCAUCUUAACCCAAAAGUCAUGAAAUGAAAGAUAGGAAGGGACCAAAGUAUUGUUUUUAUAUGUAUACCUCUUAAUUUAUUUGGAUGUGCUUUAGUCUUUCGAUGGAUCUUCUAACUACAUUGGAAAAUAUUUUCUUGAAUUGAUGUUGUGCUUCUUGGCUGGUGAUUGAAAGUUGUUGAGAUUUACACCAUCAUAGAUUAUGUCUCAAAUUGUAGUCUGUUGAAGUGGUUCUGGGAUUAGGAAUCUGAGGAGCUAAACUGCCCUGUUGAGAUGGAAAUUAGUAAGAAAUAAGUCUUAUGAAAUUUAUGCAAAAGGAGUACCAGUAAUAGAAUAUUAUUUACAAAUAAAAAUUUAAAUGCAUUAAUAUUAAAAACAUUAUAUCAGGUUUUUAGUCACAAGACAAUGUGUACCCUUAUCCUUGUAUUAUGUUUGUAAGUUAUAAAUAUCAUAUAUAAAGUGUACUAGGAUCUUUCCAUGAAUCAUUGUUAAACUAUAUAUAUAGAUCAUGAGCAAACUGGUGGUACCAUUACCUACUGUGUAUAGGAAGUAGAACAGGAAAUAUGAAACAGAAAAGGGAGUCUUAUGUUUCACCUCAAAUUAGUUAUUUGCGUUCAAGAUUACAACCCUUUUACUUCAAUCAUAGCCUCUGUUCUUUUCAUUAGGUGAUAAUUUUUCUAAAAUAUAACCAUGAUAUUGAAAUUUUUUUGGAUGAUGUCUUGAUAUAUCUUAUAAAACAAGGAAUACAUUGUGAUAUUGUAACUUGUAUAUUUCCCUAAUGUCCUCAAAGGUCAGUGUUACAAGCUUUUCCUUCUUGUGUCUGUAAAACCAUACUAAAUAUCUGUACAAAAAAAGAUUAUCAUAAGACCUAUGUGGGUUUUGUUAUUUGGCUAAUGAACAUGUUCUAUAUAACUCUUUAAUCUCAAAGAUUUUUAUUUUCUCAGACUUGAGAAUAAAUUGCCCAAAAUAUGACCCUUGACCUUGAUAAUAAUUAGUAAUCAUGGUGAGACGUAAAUUUAUUGGUACACUUAUGAUGAUUACUCUACAUCAGUAGAAAUAAGACUGUUUGGAAUGCAAUUCUUUUAUUAUUAUUAUUAAUGAAUAUCACUUUGUCCAGAUGAAAAUGACAUCUUAAUGAGAAAAAUAGUUUAAUAUAUCUUUGAUUAUGAAUAACUUAUCUAUUUUGAUAAUUUGAUAAUCUUAGUUUGUUGUAGAUAACUAUUGAUCACAUGUAAGCUAGUUAAAAACACUGUGUAAUGAAUACUGUGCUCAUCAGUUAAUAACGCUAUCUAAUAAAUUAUAUUAUGUUCAUCAGUUAAUAACACUUAUCUCAAUACACCCUAGUACUAUGUAAUAAAUAUUAUGUUCAUCAGUUAAUAACACUUAUCUCAAUACACCCUAGUACUAUGUAAUAAAUAUUAUGUUCAUCAGUUAAUAACACUUAUCUCAAUACACCCUAGUACUAUGUAAUAAAUAUUAUGAUCAUCAGUUAAUAAGACUGUAUAAUUAAUACAUCAUCAUAAGAGGUAUUAUUCCUUUAAAAUUGUAUGACAAAAAAACUGUUGAAAUCGGCCAUGGUUUAUUGUUACAUAGAAUAUAUAACGUAUUAUUAAACAUACCAUAAUAUUAUUUCAUACCAUUAUUUAUUACACAAUGUUAUUAACUGGCAUAUAAAUGAUCCCAUAACAUAAGGUGUGCCAUGGCAUAUUGCUUAGAAUUCAUAUUACUGGAAUUCUAGUCAAGAUAUGAAUAAAAAUGCCUGAUAUAGAAUUGAAAUGACAUGGGAUUUUAAAAAGACUGUAUGUCUGAUGUCAGGUUGACCUUUAAAUUCUUUGAUUAUUCCUGGAGAAAAUGCCAUUAUAGAUUUUCUCUGAUAUUGUAUGUAUACUUCUAAUGCACUUGUAUUGAGUCACUCAAAUAUACCAUAGGCAGCAACGAUAUCAUGUAACGCGAGGGCGGUUAUUUGAUAUAAUGGGGGAGUUGUUUGCCAACAUAGUGAAUUUCGUAAUGCUAUUUCUAUUCUAUGAGCAAUAUGCCAAUACUGAUAACACAUCAAAUAUUUUACGACCGCUAAUCCUUUAUAUUUGUUAUAAAAAAAUCUGAAAGAUGACCAUAUGAAAUAUCACGGCGACUAGAAAAGAUACGUUAUGAGAACGCGAGAAAAAGUCAUUAUGACAAACUCACAAACAUACCGCGACCUAUGCGACCACAUUGCGGUCCCACUACCCACAACGAACCCGCUACGACUGAUACAGACAGGGGGCGUGUCAAUUUAGAUCUUUUGACUUGGUAGAGGCCUCUGGAGCAAACGUUUUUAUAUCAUGUUCAUAGUGUCAAGGUAUUACGAACUGCGAACGAACUCUAAUAUAUUGACUUAAUUGGGCUCCUUUCUUGUAUCAUGGAAUAGAGCGAUUGGAUUGGAUUGUAUGCUAACGAAUGAAUAUAGCCAACCAGAGCCCUCGACAUAAAGAAUGUAUACACUAUGGUUUACAGUUUUUCUGUCGAGGUAUCUAAUUGGUUGUAUUCGGUAGCUUACAAUCCAAACAAAUGGCAACAUUCAAAAACUUCCUUGAUACUAGAAAAGAGCCUAAUGCAGUCAAGGUAUCAGGCGCUGUUCGUAAUAGCUGGACAUUGUAAAGACAAUAUUGACCCAUGUUCAUUAUUUAAAGUAUGAUAAUAGUAGCAUAUUGCAUGGUAAUUAUAUUAUAUCAGUCAGUAACAAUAUUAAAAUAUUGCAUAUCGUUCAUUGGACUAAUUAAGAAGUGUGAUUAAUAAGCGAUUUAGUCUGUACACUGGACUGUCAGUUAUUUAGAUUAUUUCAUUAUGAUUCAUCUGGUAAUUAGGAUAAACAUUAAUCAGUAACUAGACGUCUGAUUGUGAUAAUUAUUUAAUGUAAUAUUUUUAGUCAUAUAUUCUAGAUGGACCGAGAUUUAAAGGGAUUGUAAAGAGGUAGAAUCAUUUUGCUCUAUUCCAGUAUGCUUUUAUCGAAUAGUGACGUCAUCAAACACUUUGUUUUAGUGGAAUUUUAGAAACUAAACACGUCUGAUUUAAAAUUUGAAUGGUGUAAAUUGAUGCUAUCAGUAUCCCCGAUACACAAAAAAAAAUCUAGAAAAAUUCUUUAAAAUCCAUUUAAGGCUUGUAGUGUAAUCUGGAUAAUACAUACACCAUUCGCUCGUAACUGUACGGAGAUAAAUAUUGAUACAGUUUCAAAUAAAAAUAUUCAGAAAUCAUCUUGUUUUGAAAUAGGCGACAAGUUAAGGUGAAAAGAAAUAUUUGUCGUCACGUCUUUGUUAUUUUAAUAUGAUUCCAAGAAAUCCAUUUAUUUAUUAUAUACAAGGGAAGCUUAUUGAAUUCCAAUAUCUCCAUAAUGCAUUAUUUUGAUUCUGUCUGAAAAUUAAAGGAGACCAUUUACGGUUUUCCGUUUGUUGUACUGCAGGGUUAUUAGUUGUACUUUUGUCAGUAAAAGUUUUAAAAUGUUCUUCAUCCAUAAAUAAUCCUCAGAAACCUCUGCCAUGCAAAGCUAUUUUCGUGCAAAACGAUGAUUGUGAUCAAUAUGUUUGAAUAAACUCUAUUUUUUCUGGUUGCGAUCCACUGUACAAAUGAAUGAAUGACACAAUUUUAUGGAUAACAAUUACUUUGAUGAUGCUUUCGUCUUUAUCAAGCAAGUUAUUUAUUAAGGUAAUUGUUAACCAUAUAAUCGUGUCCAGUUAUUUAUCCCCAGUUACCAAAUGCCACUCAAGGAAGAAAAUGAAUGUUGUAUUUGAAUCAGAUUUUUUUGAAUUUAUAUUUGAAUACUAUUUUAUAAUUAGCUAUAUUUUAGAGACUAUUUAAUGUGAUUUUUAUGUUGUGUUUAUGUACAACUAUAAAACAAACUGUAUUUUGUACUUGAUUCCUGAAUUUACAAACCAAACUUUACUUCAUUGAUAAUGUCGAACAUUAUUUUAUUUAGUAUACAGUAGAAAAUAUGUGUUUAUCAAAACCCUAAACGCAUAAAAUUAAGUGUAAGUAACGUUUAUUGGGGUGUCAUUAAUUCUAUCAGAGAGGACAACUCUGUAAAUGUAGAAUUUAGGUUGGUACUACCUUCAGAGCAUGGUUCGCUUUUGUCGAAUCUAUUAAGUUGUGAAGGUAUAUAUUGUUGAUUAUUUGUUGUGUAGAGUGUUAUUAAAGAAUGGUUGUAAAUAUUACAAA